UUCUCGACAUUUACGUUUCAGCUACGAACGCGACAUCGAAUAUUCACUUACUAGUAUCAUUUACGUCUACUUUAGCCAUUAAUUUUCUUUUUUUAUUUUUUAUAUCGUGAAAUAUUACCUCAUACGAUUAUACUUAUUAUUAAUUUAUCUUUUAAAUCUAAAAUAUAAUACUAUUAUAAUCCACCAAAAUUUAAUCAAUUUAAUAAUUCUUGAACCUAAUAUUUCUGUGGAAGUAUAUUUUUUGUGAAAAAUUUUUUUAUAAAACUAAUUCAAAACUGUUAUUAUUGGUGUAAAAAUUUAAUAACAAGCAAAAUGGCUUUGAAAAUUCGCGUUCAAUCACCGAAGGUAAAAUACACAGAAGAUUGUAUUGAAGCACAGUACGAGUAUCAAACAACGAACGUUACAGAAGACGAUACAAAAUAUACGGUGACACCUGUAUCAACAAAGCUAUUAAUUAGAACACAACUGAAAGUUCCAAAACUUGGAUUAAUGUUAGUAGGAUGGGGUGGAAAUAAUGGCACCACUAUUACUGCAGCAUUAUUAGCAAACAAACUUAAAUUGACAUGGGACACAAAGAAUGGCAUUCAAAAAGCAAAUUGGUAUGGUUCUUUAAUUCAAGCAUCCACUAUCAGAUUAGGCAAAGGAAAUAAAGAAGAUAUAUAUGUUCCCAUGUCUUGGAUGCUUCCAAUGGUAAAUCCAGACGAUAUUCAAAUUGAUGGUUGGGAUAUUUCAGACAUGAAUUUAGCUGAUGCUAUGCAACGUGCAAAAGUUUUAAACAUUAAUUUACAAAAACAAUUAGUAGAACAUAUGAUGCAUAUGAAACCAAGAAAAAGCAUAUAUUAUGCAGAUUUUAUUGCUGCUAAUCAGGAAAAAAGAGCAAAUAAUAUUAUUUUGGGUACAAAAUUUGAACAAUUAGAACAAAUUAGAAAAGACAUUGUAGAAUUUAAAACUUUAAAUAAGUUGGACCAAGUAAUUAUAUUAUGGACUGCUAACACUGAACGAUUUUCUGAGAUAAUUCCAGGUGUAAAUGAUACAGCAGAAAAUUUAUUAAAUGCUAUUAAAAAAAGUCAUUCAGAAGUUAGUCCCAGUACAGUUUUUGCUGUAGCAGCUGCUUUAGAAGGAUGUACAUAUAUUAAUGGAUCUCCUCAAAAUACUUUUGUACCAGGAGCAAUAGAAUUAGCAGAAAAACAUAAAACAUUUAUUGGUGGUGAUGAUUUUAAAUCUGGCCAAACAAAAUUAAAAUCUGUGCUUGUAGAUUUCUUAGUUUCAGCUGGUAUUAAACCAGUAUCAAUUGUUAGUUAUAAUCAUCUUGGAAAUAAUGAUGGGUAUAAUUUAUCUGCUCCUCAACAAUUUCGAUCAAAAGAGAUUUCAAAAAGCAAUGUUGUGGAUGAUAUGGUACAAUCAAAUAAAAUUCUUUAUCAAUCUGGAGAAAAACCAGAUCAUUGUGUUGUUAUUAAAUAUGUUCCAUAUGUUGGUGAUAGCAAACGGGCGAUGGAUGAAUAUACAUCAGAAAUAUUAUUGGGAGGACAUAAUACGAUUGUAGUACAUAAUACAUGUGAAGAUUCUUUAUUGGCAAGUCCAAUUAUUUUGGAUUUGGUUUUGUUAGCAGAGAUUUGCUCACGAAUUACUUUCAAAAUAGCAGAUACAAAAGAUGAGUUUACUGGAUUUCAUAGUGUACUGUCCAUACUUUCAUAUCUCUGCAAAGCACCAUUAGUACCACGAGGAACGCCGGUUGUAAAUGCAUUAUUCAGACAACGAGCUGCAAUUGAAAACAUUUUAAGAGCAUGUCUUGCAUUGCCACCUGAAAAUAAUAUGUUACUUGAACACAAAGUUAAUUUCAAAAAUCAAUUAUGAAUUUAAGAAAAAAACAUUGUGUUUUAAACUAAGGGUAUUAUUUGCAAAAAAGGAACGAACAGUAUUAUUAAAGAAUAAUUUUAAAAACAGUAAAAAAUUAAAUAUUUUAAAAUUUGUAUUGUUUACAAGAUGAAAUUUGUUAGUAUUUAAAAAUCACUUUCAUAUUUCCACAUUUAUUGUUACGAAAUUUAUAUUAUUAGCUAUAAAUAAAUAUUAUUAGUUAAUGACAGAUAUCAUAAAAUUAUUAUACAGUAUUUGAUGUGUGAGAAUGUUGUUUAUUAGAUUUCAUAACAUUUUAUAAGAUACAAUUGUGAUAUAUAUUUUUUUAAACAUAACAAAUUAAAAUAACAAAUUAAAAAUAUAUAUUUUUACAGUAAAUAAUAUUUUGAACAAUAAAAAAUUAUUUUC